AUGUACUGUUUGUUUUGUUAUCCUACAGGAGUAUUUACAGCAGCAUUUGAUUGUCAAAUUGAGUGGUUAAUUGUGAAAGGAAUAGCUGACUAUGCAAAUGGUUCCCAGUUAGCUUCAGAGAGUUGGUCUUCCUGUGCAAGUGUGAUGGCAGCAUCUCUUGUUGCACACAUGUUGAAUGAACCCUGUGUUUUCCAUUCAUGGCCUCAUUAUCAAGGUAAUCAUACUAUCAUAAAGUGCUGCCACAUCUUGGCAUCUGAUUUAUUGAAUCCAUUGUUGGGUUCGUUCCAUAGUACAUAGUAAUCCCCCCUCCCCUCCCCUAAUUAUUCUUUACGAAUAAUUGAUAGACUGUAUUAAUCAAUCACAACUGUGAAACUUCGUGUGGAAUGAUCCAGGAUGGCUUCAUACCAACUGGAAGUUUGCAUUUUAUUCUGAUCCUCCAUACAUGACCUUAAACCUUCUUGUACUUGAGCUUUUCCACUUGGUUUUGUAGUUCUCUAUGGAGAGCUGAUACCAUCGUCUUUUCUAAAUUAAUUGAGCCCCCCCACCACAUCUCAAAGAAGGAGGAUUUACGGUAGUGAUAUUUUGACAUUUGACAUGCAUAUUUUAGACAGUGGUGAAAAUAUUAUUAUUAUUAUCGUUUUAUUCGUCAUCAGUGAAUUAAUAAAAUAUCAAUUUUGUUAUCAAACUAAUGAGUGUUUUUUCUUCAGGACCGCAACCACAAGAGUUAAUCACCCACUAUGAUGAAACCUCAGUCGCUCCUUUCAUCGAACGUAUGAAGAAACAUGUCCGAGAUGUCACUGACAAACCUUACAGAGACCUCAAAUCACCUUUUCAUAAUCCAGGCGAAGGACCUAGAAGAGAUCUAAAACUUGACGAAGUCUUCACCAAUUUGAUUGUUUAUAAAGGGAGAGCGAAGUAUGACUUUUCAGGAGACAGAGUGGAACAGCUAAACGAGUACCACAAAGCCAAUGAAAGUUUACGACCAACACCGCCAGGAGAUAUUUUUAAUGCUAAAGAGCAGAAGAUUCUUGUUGUCGGUCGUCCUGGAAUUGGAAAAACCAUGUUUAGCACAAAGAUUCUUCGCAACUGGGCGUCCGAUAACCUUUUCAACGAAACACAAAAAUCGCAAGUCGAUUUUAAAGUUGCCUUUCUCAUUAAGCUGAGAAUGUUUAACUCUAGAAACCAAGAACUAAAUCUUCGCGAGAUUCUGGAUCACUCAGGGUAUUCAACCGCUCUUUCCGAAGAGCUCUGGAACUACAUCCGCCACAACCCAGAGCGAGUACUGUUGAUUUUUGAUGGAUUUGACGAAUAUUCUGGUAGGACCAAAAUAAAUGAAGAUGACAUUCCGUACAGAAACAGUGAAGAGGAAAGGAUACCUGUUUAUUUCCUUAUGAAGAAAAUAGUAGAGGGAAAAAUUCUUACCGGUGCGACAAUCCUAACGACUACAAGACCCAAUGCCGUGUCAUGUAUCGCAAGUCUUCACUUCGACAAAACAGUUGAAAUUCUGGGAUUCUCAACUGAGCAAGUAAAUAAUUAUGUAGAGAAGUUUACAAAGGAGGCGGACAAAGCGGAAACCAUAAAGCAACACAUCACCAGUAACUUAAACCUUCUAGCCUUCUGUUACAUUCCUGUAAAUUGUUUCAUCAUUUGUUCAUGCUUGUUAGAGUUGCUUGUCAACACUAGCAUAACCAGCCUCCACUACCUCCCAACAAGACUGACAGAAAUAUACUCCACUGCAAUGAAGUUGUUUUACUUUAGUUACGAUGAUGGUCAGUAUCGCUACAAUAAAACUGAAGGACAACAGUUCUUCCUUAAACCGUUUAAGAAACUGCCCUCCUCGGUGCAAGAGGUGUUCACAAGUCUGGGAAAAAUUGCUUUUAAUGGCAUUCAAGAGGGAAGAUUAAUUUUUGAAUCGCACGAGGUUAACAGCCUAGAGAGUAAUGGCCUGUUUCACCGUUUACCUGAUACUAAAGACCAUCCUUUAGCAGAGCCAAGACCGCAGUAUUGCUUUAUACACCUUACCAUGCAGGAGUUCUUCGCGGCGAAGUAUUUGGUAGACACGUACAGUUCCGAAGAACUGGGGACCUUUGUUUCCGAUCACAUCCAGGAUGGCGCGUGGAAGGUUGUGAUGCAGUUUGUGGCUGGACUGCUGACUGAACAAGACGGGCAAUCAACAGAUAUUUUCAGCGACCUUCUUCCCUCGAAAACUGUUACUAAAGAAGUUGAAAUCAAGAUGAAUGAAGAUUCAGAGGAACGAAUUGAAACACUAACCCGUUGGCCAGCUGACGAUGAAGACAGGGAUUUAGUGGUAACGCUAUUCAACUGCAUGUGUGAGAACAAUGCCUCUGAUCGAGAAGUUCAAAAGAAACUGGCGAAAAUUGGUUGUAAUGCGCUUGAUUUUGUUGGAUGUAACCUGUCACCUCUUGACUGUUUAGCAUUAGUGCAUGCACUUAAAUCUGUUGAAGGAAUUUUGGAUUUUGAUUUAAGCUCCAACAACCUUCAGUCGCUAGGAUGUAUUGAGAUUGCGAAGUUGUUACCUGGCAACCAACACAAUCAGGGUUUUUGCGAACUAAAAAGAUUAGACCUCUGGAAUAACAACAUAACUGAUGAAGCAGUUAAACAUUUAUCCACAGCACUCACACACACUAACUGCAAACUAAACAGCUUAAACCUCGGGAAUAACAACAUAACUGAUGAAGCAGUUAAACAUUUAUCCACAGCACUCACACACACUAACUGCAAACUAAACAGCUUAAACCUCGGGUAUAACAACAUAACUCAUGAAGCAGUUAAACAUUUAUCCACAGCACUCACACACACUAACUGCAAACUAAACACCCUAUUAGACCUCAGUCACAACAACAUAACUCAUGAAGCAGUUAAACAUUUAUCCACAGCACUCACACACGCUAACUGCAAACUAAACACCUUAGACCUCAGUCAUAUCAACAUAACUAAUGAAGCAGUUAAACAUUUAUCCACAGCGCUCACACACACUAACUGCAAACUAAACAGGUUAAACCUCGGGGGUAACAACAUAACUGAUGAAGCUGUUAAACAUUUAUGUACAGCACUCACACACACUAACUGCAAACUAAACAGCUUAUACCUCGAGAAUAACAACAUAACUGAUGAAGGGGUUAAACAUUUAUCUACAGCACUCACACACAAUAACUGCAAACUAAUCAGCUUAAACCUCGGUGAUAACAACAUAACUAAUGGGGUUAAACAUUUAUCUACAGCACUCACACACACUAACUGCAAACUAAAGAGCUUAGGCCUCUGGGGUAACAACAUAACUGAUAAAGGUAAAAAUCUCCUAAACUCAAUGAACAUAAACUGUAAAGUAAAAUUCUAA